CUAAAGUCUGAACACUCAAUAUCCGAAAAGGGAAGUUAGCAAGUCUCGAUACGAAAAGCAUCACACUAGGCAUGCCGGGUAUAUAUAACAGCUCGAGAUUUCCCAUCUAUCGCUUCAAUGAUACCCCGCAGCAUGGUGUCGAUCCUGGCACGUCCAGGGCGGCUAGAAUGCAACGCCAGGUCAAGGUGGAAGACGAUGCUACGAUGUUACGAUACGACUAAUAAAUCUGAAUAGCCAUGAGUAUCCGGCACCCUGGGCGAGAUGGCAUUUAAUUACAGAGAUCCGGCUAUUUGCCUGCCUAGAUCUUUGUCUACUCGCGUACCCGAGUUGAUUGGCGAUGUUUACAGUUCAGACUCACUGAUGCAUCAUGUUUCCUCACGCGCUGCACAGUAGAGCGAUCUUCAACUGCGUCUGGAUUUUACCCUUGUUUCUUCGGGGUGUUGAAUGCCGAAAUGACGAUCUGGGCAUUAAGAAUGGAUAUACUACCAUUAAAACGACCAACUUCAACGCCAAGAUAGUUCGCGACGCGCAAGUUCUCGCGUCGCUAACCCCAGCUGGCGAUACGUUCGACUUUCUGCCCUUUGACUUGAUUUCAGAUCGAGCAGGCAAUGGCCAGUACCACUGGGGCGACAUCACAUUUCGGUACCGCGAAGGCAGUAGCGGUGCUUGGACUGAUGGCGACUCCUCUGCGGCUCGGAAGGCCGUAACCUCUGUGAAAGCCGGAGAAGGUGUUUUGGCCGCUUCGGACCUAGAGCCAACCCUGUCGUCUUUGGGUCCCUUGAACGUGACGCGCGAAUGGCUCGACGUCUCGGGAGAUUUAGGCCUGCGCUUUACGAUUGGGAAUACAGGGACAUCACCCGUAGAGAUAGGUAGUCUCGGAUUCCCGGCCGAAUUUAAUAGCAUCUUCACGAAUCGUGCUGCGACUGAUACUCAGCGUCUUUGCUCGCUGUCGGAUCCGUAUGUUGGCAUGCACGCGGGUUUCAUCCGCGUCAGCCCCAUAAGCGGCACUGGCGCGGCUCUAGUCAUCACACCCCUUGGAGAUACACCGCUAGAAGCGUACCGCAACCUAGACGAGCCAUAUUAUGACGCCACCCAAUAUGGUAGCCAGACCUUUGAAGGAUUCUAUGAAUGGCAGGUCCUGACUCGGGCCUGGGCCGAGAAUGAGUGGGCAAACGUGCAGCCGUGGAAUACGCCUUCAUCUAAAACCCUUCAGCCGGGCCAGACACUACAAUUUGGCGUGCGUUUCUCCGUAGCCAAGGGUGGUGUUCGUGACAUCGACGCCACAGUAGAAAAAACAGGCACUCCCGUCGUAUUCGGCGUCCCAGGCUACAUCGUCCCGCGGGGUUCAACAGCGCAACUCUUCCUGCAAUCCAACUCCAGCGCAAUCUCAUUCUCCAGCGAUCCCGUUGAAUCACUAGCCUUCAACCAGAUCUCCGAGAACGCGUAUGGGAUAACGCCGUCCCCCACCUUCUGGGGCCGCUCGCGGCUGACGAUCGACUACGAAGACGGCAAGACGCAGACGAUCCACUACUACGUGACGAAGACGGGCGCGGAGGCGCUGGCGGACAUGGGCCGGUUCUUCACGACGGAGGCGUGGUUCGACAAUACCUCGGACCCGUUCGGCCGCGCGCCCUCGGUCCUGACGUACGACUACGAGGCCGGCGCCGUCGUGGCGCAGGACCCGCGCGUCUGGAUCUCGGGGCUCAGCGACGAAGGCGGCGUCGGCGCGUACCUCGCCGCGGUCGCGAAACAGGCCAUCCAGCCCGACCCGGACGAGGUGGCGAAGCUGGAGACGUUCGUGGAUGAGGUCCUCUGGGGCACGAUCCAGACGCCGGAUUUCGCCGUGCGCAAGAGCAUCUUCUAUUACCAGCCCUCGGCUGUGAAGUACGCGUACAGCUCGAGCUUUGACUGGACGAGCUGGACGUCGUGGGAUGAGAGCGAUUCCUAUGCGAUUGAUCGCGCGUAUGAUUAUGUACAUGUUGCGGCGGCGUAUUGGUCGCUGUACCGCGUCGCGAGGGCGUAUCCUGAGAUCGUGAAGAGUCAUGAUUGGAAUUGGUAUCUCAACCAGUCUUACAGCACCGUGAUCCGGGGCAUGCAAUCCGAUGUUGGGUAUAACCGGCUCGGACUCAUGGGCGAAACGGUGUUCGGCGAGAUCCUUGCUGAUUUGACGCGGGAGGGAUUGACGUCACAGGCUAAUACGUUUACUCAGUCUAUGAGAUCGCGAGCGGUGGAGUGGGAUGGCGAGGAAGUCCCAUACGGAAGCGAGCAGGCGUGGGACUCUACAGGUCAAGAGGGCGUUUAUUACUGGUCGAAAUAUUUCGGUUUCACAAACACAACGACCAAGACAGUGAACAGCGUGUUAGGCUACACACCCACAGUCCCGCACUGGGGCUGGAAUGGCAAUGCACGCAGAUAUUGGGAUAACAUCUACGCCGGCAAACUCCAGCGCAUAGAGCGGCAAAUCCACCACUACGGCUCCGGCCUCAACGCACUCGUCCUGCUCUCUGCCUUCCGCAGCGACCCAAGCGACACGUACCUCCUACAAGUCGGGUACGGCGGGACCAGCGGCCCGCUAUCCAACAUCAACGCCGCGGGCUUCGCGUCCGCCUCCUUCCACUCCUUCCCGGACACGCUAAAGUGGGACGGGUACAGCGGCGACUACGGUCCGGGUUUUCUAGGCCUCGUCCUCGGGUCCGGGACCUACGUCGCGCGCCACGAGACCUUUGGGCUGCUCGCGUACGGGGGCGUGCUUUCUGUUGGUGAAGGGGGAGGAGAUGGAGGAGGGAGGGUUAGCGUGCAGACGAAUGGGCCUGUGACGCGCCGCUUUUUCAUCGGGCCUUUAGGUUUGACUGUAACUAUUGACGCGGGCAGCGUGAGUAAUUUUAGUUACGAUGGCUCUUCCGGCGCUGUUUCGGUUACGUUGACGCAGUCUUCUGGUUCGCCAGCCGCUGCGGCCGCUGUGCUGUGGGUCGAGACGAAUGACAAGUCGGUGACGUAUAGUGUUUCCGGCUCUGGAACGAGUCGCGAGCGCUCGGGUUGGCGGAUUCCUCUCACGGCUAGUGGUGAUGUGGUGGUUGAGUUGAGUCGAGGUUAAGCGAGCGUUGUUCACUUCUAUAUAUAAUUUUUACCUCUGCAUUUAAUAUACCGCCGCCCAACUUCAAGCCUUCGAGUGACGUUAGAAUGGCAAAUUUACAUAUAGAAUAGUGUUUCCCUGAG